CUAUCUCUCUCUUUCCCUCCCCAUUCGCUCUGUCGCCCUCUCUCUUCCCCAUGUCUCUUUCUACCUUUUUCUUAUUCCCUAUCAGUCCCACCUCAACUCUUUUGCUUCCCUUUUCUCCCUGUUUUUCUAACUCUCCCUCUGUUUUUCCCCCGCUACUCAGGUGUGGUUCCAGAACCGUCGAGCCAAGUGGCGUAAGACGGAGAAGACUUGGGGCCGGAGUUCUAUCAUGGCGGAGUACGGCCUGUAUGGGGCCAUGGUCAGACACUCGCUGCCACUGCCGGAGACCAUCAUCAAGAGUGCCAAGGAGGGCGUUCUCGAGUCCUCUGCUCCGUGGCUGCUGAGUAUGUACAGAAAGUCUAUUGAGUCCACCGGUUCCAAGUCGGGCGAUUCUGACUCUUCCGCACCAGACGAUGAGGGAGGAACACCAAACGGAAGUAUGCCGGUGACGUCAGACGACAAGAAGGUUGACGACUUCCGGUCCGAGAGUAUUGCAGCGCUGAGAGCCCGCGCGCAGGAAUACUCGGCCAAGAACUUCACCCGAUCUUCCAGCAGUGGAGAUACGGCAGACACCAAGAAUCUAGACAGUGACGUCAUGGAGGAGGAAUCUGAUGAGGACAGCAGAGACUCGUGCAUGUCGCCCGAUGAGCGUCUGGUUACUGGGGUCAAAAGUAGUUGUGAGCCUUUUCCCAUGGACUCAUCGUCGCUUGCAGAAGGGCAAGACGAAAGAUCUGCCCGUGGAGGUUUCCCGGAAAAGAGACACCCUCGAGCAGCAACAACCAGCUCAGUUCAUGGCAGUGCCAGCAACUCUAACAACAACAACAACACCAACACCAACACCAACACCAACAGCAGUAACAACAAGAACAAUAUCAGUUUUUCACUGAGUUCCCUACCGCUGUCUAGUAAAGAGAAAAAUCGAUCAGAAAUUGAUCCAGCUCCCGGUGUUUCUAAAAGUCCUCUUUACGUAAAUACAGAUCGUAUGAACAUAAACCAGUGCGUCAAUUCCAAUUCAUCUAAGGCUGGAUUCGACCACAAGAUCAUGUCAGACCAGCAAACAUUGACGUCACGGAAUUCUCAAACCUCAAAGUCUCUAAUGAUCCCAUUCGCAAAUGCCUAUUCCUUUUCCCCGUCAGGGAAUGCACUAAAUGAGAGCCUCACAAAUUCAGCACGACAGGCAGCGAUGACAAGGGGUAUCCUUCCGCCUGCUAUGAACUAUUUCAACGGACAAUUCGGGAUGGGAAACGCCCACCCAAUGAAUAUCCCUAACAGUCCGUCAUCUAAGGGCCUGUCUCUCCCUCUGGGAUUUCCCAGCACGGGUUGGCCUCAUCCUUUCUCAGCCCUUUUCCCAGCUGUGGCACCUGAACCUCUCAAGUCCCAUCCCUUCAUGGAAGCCUAUGGGAUGCACGCGUUGGGAAAAGCCUCACUCGGUGUACACGCCUACCUCACGCCAGCCCACCAAUCAGGGAGACUUGGAGCUGUCAGAGAGGCGGAGCUUGUUGAGAAACCAUCUGGCUUGACUCCACCCAGCUCUGUCAUGGCGUUGUGAGGGCCACAACAAAACAACAUAGAGACAAACUCUUAUCGAAACUAUAAAUAUGAUAUGCUGUAUCGGGUUUCAUUAUUUCGAGGUAGAUGCACGAGUUAAAGAUAGACAACGCUCUACACCAUUGUGAUUACUUGAGACACAUAUUUUAACUUAAAAACGUAAAUUCAACUUCAAUUGAUUGUCUUACUUCAGUAAGAAAAAGAAUUAACUAUUUAUGACUCAGUUCAUUGGCCAAUUCUUUGACAAUGCAAUGCUCAGGCUGUCCAUGUCCAUAUUUCUGUCGAAUUCAGUCCUGACAGGAGAGCCUACAGGCGUGGGCUGAAAUUGACGGCGAACAUAGCCUAGACGCAGUAAUUCAUGGUUCGAAUUUUAGAGUAGAGUCUCAUUUUUAAUUAUUAUUUUCUAUUCCUUACUGGAAUUUUUUCUCCAUUGCCCGGUGUCAUGACGUUGGAUCUGAACUUUUCGACGACGAUAUUACCCAAGUGUAAAAAAGCAGGGCGUUUAUAUUGUAUUAUAGAAUCAUCAUAAUAUUCAGAAAGCACAAAAUCGUAAAAAUCUCUUUACCUGGAGACGUUGCUGCAUACAGCAAGACUGCUGUACAACAGAAAAAAAA